GUUUUUGAAUCAAAUGAAGAAUCAGGCCAUCUUAUCCUUACCAUUGUUGUAUCUGGCCAUUUCUUUGUUUCCCAAGGGCAAACAGUACUGGAAGGCUUUUCAUUAAUUGAUUCCCACAAGUGGUUAAAGAUAGUAAGAAGAGCAGAGUGCCUGCUGCUUCGGGCACAGCCAAAGCAGAAUGAAUGCCACAUGUUUCGGAUCCAGUUUGGUGGCGAUUCCAAAGAACAGAUGCUGGAACACUGCUGCAGUUGUGUUCAGAAGCUUGCGGAGUACGUACCGGUUGAAGUAACUGAUGAACAAAGCCAGCAGCUCUACCACAGUCUCACUCAGCUGGCCAACGGUGAAAAUCAAGCGAAGGACACUGAACAAAGCACAUCAGUACUACACAUACCAGAUGAGCCUCUACCAGAUUCCUGUACAAGCUCUGGAGAAAGAAGAUCUGUAACACAGCUAGCGCAGUCUGUGCUGAAAAAGCCUGAGCUCCACCUUGCGUACCAGCACUCGGCGUGGCCUGCACAGGAGCUGGGGCCCUUCAUCCGCUUGUGCCUUAUGGAUCAGAAUUUCCCAGCUUUUGUGGAAGACGUGGAGAAGGAACUGAAAAAACUCACGGAAGGCUGA